AUGCGGCUGGCGACCUUCACAUGGCUGGUCGAAGAGGUCGAGGAUCUCAUCGAGGAGAUCGUGGUAGAGGUCGUCACCGUGAGCGAGGCCGCUCACGGGGUCCCAAUAGUCGUCCUUUUGAUCAUUCGGGACGCUCGCCACCGGGCCACGCAUCUCGUUUCGGCCCUGAUCCAUCAUAUCCCCCAGGCGACACUGCACCAGAUCGAUCACCACCUCAUGGCUCUCCUGGUUAUUCUCCAGGAUUCAACGACAACCGAAGAUUCAAUAAUUCGCGGCUUGGCCCUCACGGAGAUAGAGUCAGCUACUCUCCUGGACCUAUGGACAGAGAGAACCACGGAUUACGGCGGGAUGAUUCACCACUUGGGCCUCCCUCUAAACGCAAGAGAACUCGAAGUCCUUCGCCUAGAGGCCCCCGUGGCUCGUUUCCCCUGCGCCGAGGCUCAUUCGCCAAACAAGGAGAAAGACGCGACCGUAGCCCUCCACACAAGAACAGAGGGCGUUUUCCUGGCCGCGGGGGCCACAGACGAAGAUCACCUCGUCGAGGACGUGAUCGCGGUCGAGGAAAAGACCGCCGUCGCUCCGAUCUUCCCCCAACUGGCAGAUCAUGGUCUCCUGGGCGUGGUCGAGGAUAUCGGAAUUCCCCCAAUCGACGUUCUCGAUCGCCCAGUGGCGACAGGGGAUGAACCAUCGAAGCCUCAUAAACAUCCCUAUACACGCUUGGAUGACCGGUCUAUAUCGCCUCAUCCAAACCAAAUCCAUGAUGAGAGUCGUAUGGAUCGCUCCGAUGAAGGGCUAGAUCAUAUGCGGGACAACUUCGCGAAUCAUGGGAAACGAGGAUCAAAAUUGCCUAAUAAGCAAGGUCGACGGCAUCCCCCAUUUCAGCACGACUCGAGACCAUAUCCUACAUCACCGCGCUUUACGCCAAACUCACACCCGGGGUCUCCUCCCAAAUCACCCCAUUCCGGUGGCCGAGGCGAACGGCACAGAAACCCGGAUAGCGGCCCUGGGCCAUCAUCUCCUUACCAACAGGAUAACCAAUAUUCGCACAAAACCUAUUCAGGUCAACCCUACAAGAUGAGGGGAGAACGGUAUGGCGACCUUGCGAACCGUCAUCCUCCAUCCAAGCUUGAUGAACAGACUUACCGCGGUGGACACCCGGGCCACCGAGGAAAUCACACAGCCAACGGCCAAGGUCGACGGUUUUCUGUAUCGAGUCGCUCUCAGAACAACGGCUCCCCACAACGUGGUGGAAGAGGUCAUUUCAACAGCGCCCAGUGGACAACGUCAAGAUCUGACGGUCCAAGUGGCCGACAAAGUUCUCGACCGAGUUCGCCCUACGAGAAUCAAACAACACUCAAUCACCCAUCAAACUUCGUUGACCCGGGAUCGCCACAUGGAUCAGAAAAGAUCAAACGGUUGCGAAAUCCAGAUAGGGAUGAUCAUGAAGAUGAUCGGAGCAGCAUCCUCUCAGGAGGAGUCGACCAAGCAAAACCAGAGCAAGCGGCCUCUGCGACACGCGAGUCUGAUAACACAAUUCCAGCGGAUAAAAAAGGGCGAUUUAGCUUUGCCUUCAAGACGAAAACCCCACAAGCUCCAGCCCCAAAGCCUGUGCCUGACUUGGCACAGCGCAUGCAGAUCCGUGAUCCACCGCCUCGUGCCCCUGCACCUGAUCCACCGACGCCUCGAAACAGAUUGACUAAUGGCCCUAUGCCAAAAUUCAAGCCUGAUCCACCAUCACGUUUUGACCGCCGUGAACGAGACCGAGGAAGAGACCGUGAUCGAAGAGAUGACCGCCGCCAUCCUCGCGACUCCCGCGAUAAUCGAGAUGCUCGAGACUUCAGGGACUCCAGAGACAAAAGAGACGACCGUCGAUUUGACCAGCGGCGUGAUCGGAGAGGACGCGGUGACAGGAGGCCUGAUUUCAAUCCAAGAGAUAUGUCACCAAUUGAGUCACUACGCGAGCAAUUCCGCGAACCACGAGAAAUACCACCACCCACACCACCCAAACGCACGAAGGUUUUGACUCGAUACAAGCCACGUCCUGUUAUACCGCAAGAGUUCGCGCAAGCGGAUUCAGUAUACUACCGGAAGCCUGGCAACGAAUCCGUCAUCGGCGCAGGUACGUACGGCAAGGUUUUCAAGGGAAUUCAUGUCUUCACCCAGCGCAAGGUGGCUCUGAAGAAGAUCCGCAUGGAAGGCGAAAAGGAUGGAUUUCCUGUCACUGCUGUGCGAGAAGUUAAGCUCCUUCAACAUCUCCGGAACCACAACGUGGUCAGUCUGUUGGAGGUCAUGGUAGAACAUAACGAAUGUUUCAUGGUCUUUGAAUAUCUUUCGCAUGACUUGACUGGACUAAUCAACCAUCCGAACUUCAAUCUUACGCUUGCACACAAGAAAAACCUGGCUCAACAAAUGUUUGAGGGCUUGAGUUAUCUCCAUCAUCGUGGUGUUCUUCAUCGCGACAUCAAAGCUGCCAACAUUCUCAUCAGCAACCAAGGCCUGUUGAAAUUUGCAGACUUUGGAUUAGCUCGCUUCUUCUCCAAGAGCCGCCCCCUUGAUUAUACCAAUCGUGUUAUUACAAUUUGUGCAGCAUGUGUCUGCAUGGAGAUGUUUACAAAAAAAGCUGUCUUUCCCGGUGAGGGUGGUGAGCUUAGCCAGCUUGAUAAGCUCUUUAAUUGUCUAGGCACGCCAGCGAAAUCCGAAUGGCCUGAUUUCGUGGAAAUGCCGUGGUUCCAGCUGAUGCGCCCGACAGAACGCAAAAAACGGAUUUUCGAGGAGGUAUACCGAGAAGUUCUGACGCCACAAGCUCUGGAUAUGAUUUCAACGGUAUUCCAGUAUGACCCUGCCAAGCGACCAACUGCAGAGGAAGUGCUUCAGCAUCCCUACUUUGUGGCUGAAGAGCCUCUGCCCCAGCAACCCACUGAGCUGGAACACAUGGAGGGCGAUUGGCAUGAAUUUGAGUCAAAAGCACUUCGCAAGGAGGCUCGACGGGCAGAGCAGCAAACACAGAAAGAUCGGGAGAAGCGCAAGGCCGGGCCACCAACCGAUCGAGAUCCUAAACGGUCACGCCAAGGAGGUUCAGAGCAUAGCUAG